UCCUAGAUAGGGGAGGGUGCGUAGGUAGCAGGAAGGCUGUGAGCCUGUGUGAACAUGAUCUCCACGUGGGGAUAGGGGGCCAUCCAGAGGCCUCUCUCAUUAUUAUGCCGUCAUUCUUUUCACCUUACUGCUUACCAACCCUCUCAAGUUCUAGGACCCACAUGACCUGUAUACCAGUUUAAAGAGAAGGGUGCUGUUGAUGGCUUAGAGGAUAAAGGUGCUUGCUACCCAAUGACAACCUGAAUCUGAUUCCCAGAAUAGGAGAAACCCCACCUUCAUGAGUGCUCACAUACACACAAAUAAGUAAAUCUAAAAGGGGAGGCGUGAGGCCUCCGCCUAACCCAUUAUACAUUAAUUCCUUCAAGGACUGAAGACAUUCUCCCCUAAGUCCUUUUGCUCUUCAAGAGGGAAGUCAGGCUUCCAGCCUAGCAAACUGGGACACUGGGGCCCUCUAGUGGCCACAUUAGCGUCUCAAGUGCCAAGUGAUAUGGUUGCUCCGCCCCUUAACAGCAGGAGCCAAUGGGAACUUGGGUCCCCGCCCCUGAGCGGUCAUUUCCUAGCUAGUACUUAGAAUCCAGUCAGAAAGCUCUUGCAGAAGCUAGCGGGAGCUGGAAGAAGGGCUGCAGCUCCACCUUACAACCCCAGACCAGAAGAGCAGGGCUUCUCUGCCGGCUGGGCAGGUGGGACCAGCAUUGUGCCUCUCAAGCCAUGGGCCAUAGUGAACCGCAAUCAGCAAGCCUGAACAGAAGUAGGUGAGUCUUGCAGCUGUUGACCUGCACUGAGCUGUCCCCACCUCUUCCCUGGUGGUCACUGCCAUGGCCCGGCUGGUGCUAUCAGGCAUACUACUGUGCAUGCUGGGUGCUGGAUCAGGCACUUCAGAUUUGGAGGAUGUUCUGCCUCCUGCUCCCCACAGCUGCCCCAAUAAAUGCAUUUGUGCUGCCGAUGUGUUGAGCUGUGCAGGCCGUGGGUUACAGGACUUGCCGGUAGCACUGCCGGUCACUGCUGCAGAACUUGAUUUGAGCCACAAUGCACUCAAACGCCUGCACCCGGGGUGGUUAGCGCCCCUCUCGCGGCUGCAUGCCUUGCACCUAGGCUACAAUAAGUUGGAUGUCCUGGGUCAGGGUGUGUUCACCAAUGCCAGUGGCCUGAGGAUACUCGAUCUAUCAUCUAAUAUGUUGAGGACGCUCCAUACCCAUGACCUGGAUGGACUGGAGGAGCUGGAGAAGUUACUUCUGUUCAAUAACCGCCUGGUUCACUUGGACUUGGAUGCCUUCCAGGGCCUGAGCAUGCUCAGUGACCUCUAUCUCAGCUGCAAUGAACUCUCCUCUUUUUCUUUCAACCACUUGCAUGGUCUGGGGUUAACCCACCUGCGCACUCUGGACCUCUCCUCCAAUCGGUUGAAACAUAUCUCCAUCCCUGAAUUGGCCGCACUGCCAACUUAUCUCAAGAACAGGCUCUACCUGCACAACAACCCACUGCCCUGUGACUGCAGCCUCUACCACCUGCUCCAGCGCUGGCACCAGCGGGGCCUAAGUGCUCUGCACGAUUUUGAACGUGAGUACACAUGCUUGAUCUUUAAGGUAUCAGACUCUCGAGUGCGCUUCUUUGAGCACAGCCAGGUCUUCAAGAACUGCUCAGUGGCUGUAGCUCCAGGCUUAGAACUGCCCGAAGAGCAGCUGCACACACAGGUGGGCCAGUCCCUGCGGCUCUUCUGCAACACCAGUGUGCCUGCUGCACGAGUGGCCUGGGUGUCCCCGAGAAACGAGCUGCUUGUGGCGCCAGGCUCUCAGGAUGGCAGCAUCGCUGUGUUGGCCGAUGGCAGCUUGGCCAUAGGCAGGGUGCAAGAACAGCACGCAGGUAUCUUUGUGUGCCUGGCAAGUGGGCCCCGCCUGCACCACAACCAGACGCUUGAGUACAAUGUGAGUGUGCAAAAGCCUCGCCCCGAGCCAGAGGCUUUCAACACGGGCUUCACCACACUGUUGGGCUGCAUCGUGGGCCUGGUGCUGGUGCUGCUCUACUUGUUUGCACCACCCUGUCGUGGCUGCUGUCGCUGUCGUCGGUGGGCCUGUUGCAACUGUUGCUGGCCCCGGGCAUCCAGUCCACUCCAGGAGCUGAGUGCACAGUCCUCAGUGCUCAGCACUACGCCGCCAGAAGCACUCAGCCGUAAAGCCAGUGUCCACAAGCAUGUGGUCUUCCUGGAGCCGGGCAAGAAAGGCCUCAAUGGCCGUGUGCAGCUAGCAGUAGCUGAGGACUUCGAUCUGUGCAACCCCACAGGCCUGCAACUCAAGGCUGGCUCUGAGUCAGCCAGUUCCACGGGCUCAGAGGGUCUCAUGAUGAGCUAGACUGCCUGGGAGUCCCCACACGGCCAUAGGCCUCCUGCCGCUUGCCCUAUUUGCUGCUGCAGUCUAGAGAACUGACACGCUGCUGGGACUUACUGUGCCUGGUCCCACAACUGCAUGUGAGCCUUGACCUUACCAUAACAGUCCUACACACUGGUAAAGGGGUUGAGACCCCCUCACUUGCUUCUUGUUCUGCCUAGCUCAGGACAAGGCCUCAGACUACUAAAGCCUGCUUCCCCUAGGACUUCAGAGUGACCAAAUGUCCCACUGAGAUUACAGACCAAGCCAAUCUGGUUAAAAAAAAAAAAAAAUCCCUUGCAUCAGAGUCCUGGGACCACCUCCAGGAGUUAAUGCAGAUGUCAAGGUGUGGUAUAGAAGGGUCAACAUGCCACUUUCUCCUGCCCUGCCCAAGGAGGGAGAUGACAGCUCAGAAGAUCCAGCUCCCACUCUAAGAUGGAAGAAAUGAGUCCUCCCUCUACUGAGAGAGGACCCAGUCUACUGCCAUCCAGCCUCCUGGAACCUUUGCAACUCCUGUGGAGUCUGGAGUCUGGGGGGGGGGGUGUGCACAUCUCCUGCGGGACACUCCUGUAAGAAUAGCCCUGCUGUUUUUAGCUGCAGGCAGAUCCAAUCCUGCAGGCUCAUACCUCAGCAGGAAAAAGCAGAGAUAGGUGACUGAUCUGGGCCUCAUGUCUCUGGAGAGCAGGAGGCCUCUCAAGGACUGGCACUCAUCGCAACCUAAUGGCUAACCAGAGCCCUCAGUUCAAGCCUCUGGCACUCCCACUGCAGAUGGUAUGGAAGAUGGUCAGCACCUCUCCCAUGAUGAGUGACAGCUCUGUCCUAGAUGACUACUAAGGCAUUUUGUAAUAAAAGUGGUACAUGUUCAUUG